CGAGUAUGAUGUGGUUGAUCGCGAAAGUAUUUUAGAAAUUAUGCUUCAAAUCAUUCUACAAUGAAAACGAUAACUCUUCAGGAACACGGUUGAAUAAACUCAUCGAAAAUUCUGUCGGCUAGUCAGAUUGUUUAUACAUAGUGAAUCCUCUCGUUAUUAUUACUCUAUCUGAAAAUAUUUGAAAAGUAUUGAACCACCCUGGGGGCGUCUCGCGUAUCUGUAGCUUCGAAUUUCACGGGGCGUCUGAUAAUCGUUCUGCCACGAACGAGAAAUCGUUCAGUCGACUGAUGGCUGUUGGCUCAUUUCAAUCAAAAUGAGAAUACCAACGGUGCUUGGAUGCUUCCUUCUUCUUGGCUAUAAUUCGGCAAUUGCUUUUCUCGAGGAUGUCGAAAUUUCAACAUACAAUUGCAAAAGUCAUGAAACCGUCCCGCCAAUGUUGAGGUUGAAGAGGUUCCUAUUCUGUGAAUAUGACAGCAGCAUUCGACCGACUCUGUCUCAUCAAGUUGCCAACAACGUCACCAUGCAACUACUACCAAAAAUACUGGAUUUCGAUGAUUGGAAUGGCAGAAUGACACUGCACAGUUGGAUGACGCUCGUUUGGAACGAUGCUCAUCUGUCUUGGAAGCCCAGCGACUUUGAUGGAAUCAAUUUUAUUCACGUACGAAGCGAUAGCAUUUGGAUUCCUGAUAUUUCCGUUUAUAAUUCUGGUGAUAUGAUGUUCGACCAGACCGGUAUACCACCGACGACGUGUUUGGUCUUCAGCACAGGUUCGGUUAGCUGUGUGCCAUCGGUGAUGCACGUUGCUAAAUGCGCGACAGACUUUGCUUCAUGGCCCUACGACACGCAUCGGUGUCGAAUUAAUUUUGGUUCGUGGUCUCAUUCGGGGGAGGAAGUGAAUUUUAAUCUAGACAAGAAAGCGUUCCAAAUGGAUGGGUUUGCGAAUAAUACCGAGUGGGAUUUCAAAGUACUAAACGCGUACAAAGUAUUAAGGAAAUAUAAAUGCUGUCCAAACGAUACGUAUCCGAUGAUCGUUUAUGAGUUCGCUAUAAGUCGGCAUUAUGGUGUAAUGCAUACUACGUAUAUCACACCUGCUAUAGCGAUGAUGUUACUUACGUUAACUGUACUUUGGUUGGAUUCGAGAUCAACGGAAAGAAUGGCUGUCGCCGGUGUGAACUUAAUCUGCCAUAUACUUUGUAUGUUCGAUUUGCAUUGGCAGCUACCUCACAAUGGUAUCAAUCCUCCAAAUAUAUUACUGUACUACCGAGAUUCAUUAGCUUUAGCCGUGUUCGCCUUAGUUUUAACCGCUGCACUCCGUAAAAUGCAAGAAAUGAGUAUCGAGGUGCCCUAUUGGAUCUCUACGACCACAUCGUUCAUCUUGAGUAACAGAGCUGGGCGUUUUCUAAUUCUUACCGACGACGAUUCCAAAUUGUCUACCACGGGAAUAUUGGGUGGAGAAGGCGAGGAUAAUUCAGACUUACCAAAAUCUGGAAGCGAACCGAAGGAAUCGUCGUGGAGACAUUUCGCAGCCAUCAUUGAAUGGCUGUCUUUCUUCGUGAUCAUUUUCACCUACAUUAUCAUUCUGAUCACUCUUGUACCAUCCUCUCGAUUGUCUUAUCGAAACGAUCUCUCGAAUAAAAAAUUAUCUAUUUCUAUUUUAUUUGAUAGUACAACUGAAAAUUCUAAAAUUGAUAAAAGUUUAAAUGAUAACGAAGAAAAGGGGGCGGUUUUCAACCUUCUCGGUUUAACGUUUCACUGGGCGUGCGACUGCUCUACUCGAUCUAUCGAUGUACAGUUGUGGAUCUGUCAUUUCGUUUCGUGCCCUCACGGUUUAAACAUGAAGAAUUUGUUUUCUGUUUUAUUUGUGAUCCUCAACAUUCUGUUAGAUAAACGGAGAAUUUGCGCGAUGCACUGCAAAGACAUCACCACCACUUCUGCGUUAACGCGGCUGAAAGAUUAUUUAUUUUGCGAUUAUGAUAGGGAAAUCAGACCCACAAAACAUUAUAACAACGCCACUGUUAUUAACUUGGGAUUAAACAUACAACAAUUUCAAGUUAAUGAUAUAAGCAACAACGUUAUAUUCGAUGUUUGGCUAAAAUUGGUUUGGAAAGACCCUCAUUUCACUUGGGACAAAUCGCAAUUUGAUUCUAUCGCUUCUCUUCACGUAAAAAGCUACGAGAUCUGGGUUCCGGAUAUCGUAACGCACAGCACAACAGAUACGGGCGUUGAUGUUGAGAUGCCACAAGCUGAGUGCAUAGUACAACACGAUGGAGUGAUACUUUGUGUACCAAUGACAACAUACACAACAUUUUGCGAAUCUGAUCACACUUGGUGGCCUUAUGAUAUGAUGAAUUGUACUAUUCAUAUUGCUUCGUGGUCUCAUGGGAGCAACGAGAUUAGUUUACGUUCCUUCACAUUAAACGAUUUUUCAGAGAAUUCGACCGAGGACAAUUUGGAAUGGGAAGUGGUGAAUCUUUCUAAAAGUGAACGUGUAAUAGAUUCCAAGUACGGUUUAGGUUUUACCACCGAUCAAUUAUCAUACCACAUUCUUUUAAGAAGACAUUCCUCUAUGAAUACUGCAACGUAUAUGAUGUCGGCUAUAGUCUUAAUGACCAUGACACUAGUGGUACUGUGGCUAGAGCCAAGGUCCAUGGAACGUAUGAUAAUAGCGAAUUUGAAUUUCAUUUUGCAUUUAUUCUGCUUGUUGGAUCUUCAGUGGCAGCUUCCCUUCAAUGGGACCCAUCCUCCACGAUUAAUUCUAUUCUAUGAGAAAUCUCUUGCUCUUGCCACGUUCUCACUCAUAUUGACCAACAUUCUGCGAUAUAUGCAUGAAAUAAACGCUGAAGCACCUGCGUGGAUAUCCGUCACUACCGUUAAGGUUUUAAAAAGCAGAAUAGGCCAGAUAUUUUUAUUAAGCAUUUUGGAUCCGAAAGUAUCGGCUACAAUCGAAAUGAACGUGGAUGACAAUACGAAUUUAGUAUCUCCCAAUAAAAAAGAGUCGACAUGGAGGUACACUUCGGUUGUGAUCGGAUGGCUCGCUUUCUUAACCGUUUUAUUCACUUAUGUGAUAUUGCUAAUUAUUUUCUUACCGACAAGCAGGUUCGCAAGUUCCUUUUAAAAAUUUAAUUUGUGAACAGUCUUUUUUAUUAUAACGUACAUUAAAAGCAGUUAAAAAAAUGUAAAGCAUUCUUGAUACAAUUACAAUGUUCGUUGAGUUAUUUGAUCACAAGUCCCUAGAUUGAAAAAGGUUGGAUGUUUCAAAAAAUCUCUGAUUUUUUCUUCCUUUUUUUUUAAUAAAUACAUUUAUUUUGAAAAACAUCGGAUCCAUUUUUGCGAAUCUUAACAGUGCGACCAAAUUCAUUUUACAAU